AUACAGUCUAACUGAAGUCUCCAAUAUCUGCUUUCUCAUCAGAUUCUCAGUAUGGCCUCAUCAUCAACACCUAAAUAUAAUUCAAACUCCUUGGAGAGCUCCUCAAUUAAAAGGACCCCAAAAGAUGGAAUUAAAUGGGAACAACAUGAGGAAAUACCUUGUCUACCAGGAGAAACUAGAGUUACAGACAAGGAGGUUAUCUAUGUAUGCCCAUUUAAUGGUGCUGUUAAAGGAAGACUGUACCUCACGAACUACAGACUUUACUUAAGAAGUGUGGAAAUAGAUCCAAAUGUGAUAUUGGAUGUUCCUCUGGGCGUAAUUUCAAGGAUUGAGAAAAUGGGAGGAGCUUCAAGUAGAGGAGAAAAUUCCUAUGGGCUAGAUAUUACUUGUAAAGAUAUGAGAAAUUUACGGUUUGCACUGAAACAGGAAGGUCACAGCAGAAGAGAUAUUUUUGACGUCCUUACAAAACAUGCUUUUCCCCAGUCACAUAAUUUGCCUUUUUUUGCAUUUGUAAAUGAAGAAAAGUUUACUGUCAAUGGUUGGAUGGUUUAUAAUCCAAUGUCUGAAUACAGGAGACAAAGACUGCCCAGUGAACAGUGGAGAGUAACUUUUAUCAAUGAACAUUAUGGACUGUGUGAUACAUAUCCAUCACUUUUGGUAGUCCCAUAUAAUGCCACAGAUGAUGAUCUCAAGAAAGUUGCUGCUUUUAGGUCCCGAAAUAGAAUUCCAGUGCUGUCAUGGAUUCAUCCAGAGAGCCAAGCUGUUGUUAUGCGUUCCAGUCAGCCUCUUGUUGGUAUGAGUGGGAAAAGGAAUAAAGAUGAUGAAAGGUAUCUUGAUAUUAUCAGGGAUGCUAAUGGACAGAACUCAAAACUGACUAUCUAUGAUGCAAGACCCAGUGUAAAUGCAGUAGCUAACAAGGCCACAGGAGGAGGAUAUGAAAGUGAAGAUGCAUAUCCCAAUGCAGAACUCGUCUUCCUAGAUAUUCAUAAUAUUCAUGUCAUGAGAGAAUCUUUAAAAAAGUUGAAGGACAUUGUUUAUCCUAAUGUAGAAGAAUCUCACUGGCUAUCUAGUUUGGAAUCAACUCACUGGUUAGAACAUAUCAAGCUUGUCUUGACAGGAGCUAUUCAAGUGGCAGACAAGGUGUCUUCAGGGAAGAGCUCUGUGUUGGUACACUGCAGUGAUGGUUGGGACCGAACAGCACAAUUAACUUCUCUAGCCAUGUUGAUGUUAGACAGCUACUACAGAACAAUUAUGGGUUUUGAAGUUCUGGUACAAAAGGAGUGGAUAAGCUUUGGACACAAAUUUGCAUCGAGAAUAGGCCAUGGUGAUAAAAACCAUGCUGAUACUGACAGAUCACCUAUCUUUCUCCAGUUCAUUGAUUGUGUGUGGCAAAUGUCUAAACAGUUUCCAACAGCUUUUGAAUUCAAUGAACAAUUUUUGAUUACCAUUCUGGAUCAUUUGUAUAGCUGUCGAUUUGGUACGUUCUUGUAUAGCUGUGAAUCUGUUAGAGACAAAGAGAAAGUGACUGAGAGAACAUUGUCAUUGUGGUCAUUAAUAAAUAGUGAAAAAGCAAAGUAUACCAAUCCUUUUUAUACCAAAGAACUGAAUCGAGCACUCUAUCCAGUAGCCAGUAUGCGUCACUUAGAACUUUGGGUCAAUUAUUACAUUAGAUGGAAUCCAAGAAUUCGGCAGCAACAGCCAAAUCCAGUGGAGCAGCGUUACAUGGAACUCCUAGCAUUGCGUGAUGACUACAUGAGAAGACUUGAAGAACUACAGAUCACAAAUAAUUCUAAGAUGACCAAUUCAUCAGCCUCAUCAGCAUCUCCCUCACAGAUGAUGUCCCAUGUGCAAACUCAUUUUUGAAGGAAAAAUGUUUAAUUUUUUCUCUGAACAUUGUAACCAUAAGUGGUGCUUAAUGUAGAUCUGUAGUACAAAAGAAUAUUUGAAUGCCUUAUAUUUGGACCUCUUUUUAACAUGAAUUGUUUUGGAUUGUCUCCAUAAUUGGAACAUUGAAAGAGCAGUCUCUUCAGUACAUUUUGUGCCUUUCAGAUCCUGUGGACUAGGAACAUAUUAUCCACCAUGGGAGACUUAUAUGGGAUGCUUUAGAAGACUAUUUUGUAGAAAUAUGAUACAACUAGAAAGUAAUUUGAUUUGAUUUUUUCAUUAGUAUUAUGCAUUAAUUUAUUGCAUCAUUAGAUCCCGAUCCUGCAAAGACAUAACCAUGUUCUUAAUCUUAUACACUGUGAAUAGUGCCAUUAAGUUCAGUGUGACUAUUCACAGGAUAUAAAGUUAUACUGUUUGCGGUAAAAAAUAAGUUUUGUAUUAUCUUCUUGAGCUUUCAGAAGCAAGUGAUCAGAAAUAGAUUUUUUUCUCUAGUAAACUGAAAAUUAUUCCAGUUUAGAAAAACUGCAAAUCUGAGAGGAAUUUAAAUGACAAGAAACUUACUUAGCAAUUCAAUUUGCUUAGUAUGUAGCCAAAAAGUAGUGUAAAAAAAAAGACUAAUUUUAUAUUGUUGAAGAAAAUUUUAAACUAAAUGGAUGAGGAUGUGAGGAAAAAUUACAAACUUUUUUUUUUAAGUUAGUUGAGGAACACUACCUAUAU